AUGUCGGCAAGUGGUUUGCAGAUGGGUCCUAUGGGCCAAAACACACAAGAAAACAGUCUCUCCUGUUCGGGCUCGUACGACCAUCGUCAAAUGUUAGAUGGUCCGGUGUACAGCAAUAACACGGAGAUUUAUGCCGAAGGGAUGGGAACUGAUCCUUUCAACCGUAUGCAAGGAUGUUAUGGCCAGGAUCGUAUUGCCACUCCUAAGGAGCAUCUAAACAUUGCUCAACUCGCAGGGGCUCGAGGAUCGUUUAUCUUGAAUCAAAUCGGUGAUCCCAAAGAGCCCAGUGUACACUUUGGGCAUUCUAAACAUGGUUGUCUAUUUGGUUACAACAAGGUUCCCAAGGGAGAUCAGUUUGGGUUUCAAGGUGAAUGCGAUUUUUACUUACCUCCCGCAGCCCAUGCUGAUUUGUCACAACCUGGGCUUGUGUAUAACGACUGGAACCCGCGUGACUAUGCCUUAUAUCAUGAUAACAGGGUAUGUGGUAACGACAGCGUGAAUUCCACAGUUGAUGGUGACUCUGUCGAGGAUUUCGAUGACUUGGUAGGUCCUGACGGUACCGCACCCCCUGCUAACAAGCGUGACCCUAUAUAUACAGCAAUAUCUGGUCUAAAGUGGAAGGCGAAGAGCAAGAAGUGGGUCGUCCGUUGGGAUAAUCCCAUAACGAACAGGCGUGUUUACAAGUACUUUAGUGGCGUAAGAUAUGGAUUUAUGGGCGCUCACAAGCGUGCAAAAUACUAUUUGGAGUUUCUUAAUGCUUCUGUUGGCAGGCUUGACACUCCGACUGUCGGCAACCCAUUUUGUCGUCGUACUGAGGGUCCUCCCAAAGGCAAGGCAAACAAGGGUCUUAUUAGGAAAUUAAUGAAUCGCAACAGGGCAGAAUUAAUGUUUAAACCCGGUCAAGUGGUCUAUGGCUACAAUAGUCAGACACCAUACAUUCCACCAACUGGGUUGGAUGAUCAGCCUACACCAAGCGUGGGUAGGCCGACUUAUCGCUACGGUUCAAGUAUGAACGAUCCUUUUUGUCUCAUGGACGUGAAUCACUAUGUGCAAGAAUCUAGUCAAUGA